GGGUGGGCGUACGUGCGUGCGCAUCACGGCGCAGGUUCGAAUCUCCGGCGCUGGGCUGCGGCUCCACAACGUCCGGUCCGCCCUCGGGACGGCCCAGCUCCCAGCUCCGGGCCGCCCUCCGCCCUCCGCCCUCCGGCUGCCGCCCGCGCGACCCCCCAUCCCUGGCCCAUGGCCAAGCGGCGUGCGGCUGAGCCGCUCACGUUCCGCGUGCCUUGGAAGCGCCUCCUGCUCAGCGACUUCCCCGAGGAACCGUCGCUCUGGGUCCCGCCGUCUGGGGUGGCUCGGCCCCUCAAACGCCAGGGGGACGCGGGGACCAUGGCGGAGCCUGCGUCUGCUCCCCGCAAGCGACGCGGCGGUGGGGACGACAGACAGGAGCUGCAGAGCUGUAGCCUGGAGCCCGGAGAGCCACCUCCUGGCGAGCAGGAGGAACCCCGGGUUAGCCGGGCCGCGGGCGGCGGCGACCGGGUAGAGAGCGCGGACAGCCACCAAGGAGCCGACGGGGUGCACAGCCAGAAUGAAGACUUUUGGCAGUAUAAUACAUUCCAGUAUUGGAGGAACCCUCUACCCCCUAUUGAUCUGGCAGCUCUUGAAGAUGUGAGCACAAACAGCCUGACAGAAACACUGGAUGACAAGAAUGAAGGAGUUGAGAUUGACAUGGAGUCCUGACAGAAGGAUCUGAAGAAAUGGGAUUCAUUGAAUUUGAGGAGACCUAAAGAAAAAGUUCUUUUCCAUACUUGACAUAAUACUUUUUUCAAACCUGAAAAAUGAGGAAGAGUUUGGGGAUAAAUAACUAAUUGCUACUGAAUCUCCUAAUGGAGAGUUGUCAAGGAUGUGGUACAGCUGCAGACAAAAUACUUUGUGUCUGCAUUUUUAAUGAAAAAGGUUUUGUUCAUGCUCUUGACUUUGAAGACGCUUAUCUUGGAAAAGGAGGAUUGGACAGUUUUAGAGGAAGCACUUGGUCUUCCACACUUGCUGUCAGAUGUUUCUUUGCACCACAAAGCUUAUUUGUGGUGCUUGGAAUGAAUACAUUUAUACAGCUGAUGCUAAUAAAUACUUUCUAGUACAUCUUGUUGGCUCCCCUUGGUUGAACAGAUAGACUUGAGUAUCUAUGCAAAAUUAAAAUGUGAGAUUGUUUCUGAAAGCUAACCUUGUUUUAAAGAGUGUAAUUUAAACUAGUGAGAAUUUCCACUUGGGUAGCUUGUUUUAACAUUCACUAUUUGCUGUUUAUUAAAACAGUAUAGGCAAUGAAUAUAGACAAACAAUGGAUAGAUAGAUAACAGUAGGAAGCAGAUGCCUGCCCCUCCUCCCUUUUUCUGAGAUGAAAGAAAUGAUUUGGUCAGCUUACUGAUUUUGUUUUGGGGACAUUUUUUAUAUUGUUGAUUACUUUAGACCUGUAGUUCUCAAUACUGAUAGCACUUUAACCAUCUCUGCUCGAGCCCUGGUCCUAGAGAGAUCUCAUUCAAAUAUCUGAAGGUGGCUUUACACAUAGGUUUUUGUUUUACUUUUUUGGGGGCAGGGGGUGGGGGUACCGAUUCUGUAUUCCUGUAUUGUGCAGAUGGGGCCAGAACCACUAGGCUAGCAGCUUUUCCUGUUUAAAGGAGAUCACUAGUGCGAGCUCCAACAAUCCCUCUUCAUUAGUUUUGUCAAUAUCUUGUUAUUUGAUGUGUCAUUACUAAUAUAUUGUGUUACAAUUUUAUUUUUAAUAAAAUUGUUUAUGUUUGAGCUAUGUAUCAGUGACUAAUUUUUGUAUUGGAUUCAGAAUGCUGGCUUUGUUACUGAAUAAUUUUGUCUACAUUUCUGUAUUUUUUGACAUUAAAUCCAAUCCAAAAUUUAGAAAAGAUAGUUGAUGUCAAUGAGAGGAAAACCAAGAUUAAUAAAUAGUAUCUACCUCAGA